CCUUGUUCUGCUGUUCAUCGGAAGUUCCAUGCUUUUGCUUUGUCUGCUUCUGCUGCUGAAAGAAACGGAAUCUUAUGCAAAACUAAGCCUGAAACCAAAGCUUGCAUCUGCUCGGGUCACCAUUCUAGGUAUCUUUCCCUUCUCGCUUCUCAUUUCAAUGAUCAGCCUCUAGGCUAGAUCUCUAAACUACCUCACUCGCUUCUUUUGUUUUGCUAUUUAUUGUUUCCCUGCCAUGGCCACUUCUUGAACUUACGAGUUGGGUAGUUAUGGAGUUUCUAGUAAGUUCGUGUUAGAAAGUUGGUGCAUUGUUAAUGGAAGUUCAGAUCUCGCCUUCUCCUAACUCUGCAGGUGCUUACAUGCAGGAUCUCUCUUCUACUUUCUUAGCCUUUAGGCUACCAAGUUUGUUCUGCAGUCAUGUUUGCCGUUCUUGACCUUAAUUUGAAGGGAAUAGAUUAGAGUCCUGGAGUUGUCUCAUUAACCCUUUAACCAAUGGGGAAAUCUCCAGGGAAGUGGUUGAAGUCCUUGAUUCGUGGGAAGAAGUCAUCAAAAUCUAGUCUUUCGAAAGAAAAGGAUGUUGUAAAACCAAAUUAUGGAGAGCCAUUAGUUCCCUCGAAGGCACCUUUAACAGAUUUGGUAGGAAAUCCUGAAACACGCACAGUUUCUCAGUCAGUUCCGGGAGUUGGAGUUGGCAGUGGAGUGACUUCGAAACGUGCUGCAAUCGCCGAGCCAUGGGCUGAGAAGGUUGCUAUUGUUUGUGAAAAGGAAGGUGAAAAUGGGAGUUCGGCAACAAGUUCAGGUAAUGCUUCUGAGACAGUGAGGCUUCAGGAAGCUGGAGUGGUGGCACAGGCAGAUGUUAGAGGCGAUCUGGCCCCUCAUGAAUCUGAAGAGCAAGGACAUAUAAUAAAGUUGCAGACAGUUAUCCGUGGCCAAUUGGUCAGAAGGCAAGCUAUAGCUACCUUAAAUUGUGUAUUGGCCAUUAUAAAGUUUCAAGCACUUGUUCGAGGUCAAACUGUUAGAUGUUCAAGUCUUGGAAUUGAAGUGCAGAAGACUAUCAGCCUUGAUAAACUUCUGGCUUCAAAUGCUACUCGAGGAAAUCCUAAAUGCACAUUAUUAGGACAGAAAUUUGAGAAUGCGUUUGUUAGAAAGCUUUUAACUUCAACAGCUACUGCAAUGCCUCUAUCCCUCAAGUAUGCUCCUGCGGAACCCAAUUCAGCCAUGAUGUGGCUGGACCGCUGGACAAAGUCAGACUUCUGGAAACAUAUUUCACAACGGAAGAUCAAUCUAGAAUCAAACUCCACGACUAAGCAAGAUAGUGUACAAAGAGUUGAAACUCAACGAGGCAGACAAAAACAAGCUGCCAGAAAGUCAUCUAGUCUUAAUGUUGCCAAUGGCAUACAUGGGAAGCAUUUGGAGUCCAACAAACCAAAACGCAAUCCUAGAAAGUCUGCUAGCCCUACUGUAGAUGCGGCUGACAACAAGCAUCCAGAAAAAGAAAUAGUUAGGGUCAAACACACUUCGAGAAAGGCUUCUGGAUCUGCAACGGAAGCUGUUGAAAGAGUUGAAGAUAUUAAGCCAAAGCUCAUUUCAAAGAAGACAUCUGGUACUUGUGCCCUUGAGGCUUUAGAGCAGCUGGACAGCCAUGUUUCUGCUGAUGUGGCAAAAGAUGUUCCAGUAGAAGUUUCAGGUGAAGAAGCUGAUGUAAUCCCAAGUACAAAACUGAACACCACAGAGGAUAUGUCAACUCCAGAGGUCAAUGGGGUACUUACUAAUGUCGAAGAGAACAAUAAUGUACUGUUGGAUCCACAUGACAGGCUUACAGGAAGUGAGAACCCGAAAACAAGCCAAAGAAGAGCUUCAUUGCCUGCCAAUACUGACCAACAGGAGAAUGGUGGACUUGGGAUACCCAAACGUCCAAGUUAUAUGGCACCAACUGAAUCUGUGAGGGCUAAGCUGAGAGCCCAAGGACCCCCAGUGUUCGCACAAGAUGUAGUAGUGGAGAAGGAUGGUACAGCAACUAGGCGACAUUCGCUGCCAUCUUCCAUCAAUGAGAAGUGUGCUUCCAUGUCACCAAGAGCUCAUAAUAGACCUGUCCACUCAGCAAGUAAAGGGUUUAUCAGGAGCGACAGAUCUCUAACCACUUCCAGAGACGGCAGUGUUUCAGACAGGAUGAUUAGACCCGACUGGAGAAGGUGAUUUGGAAGGAGUUGUGUUCUGCAUGGAUGCUACUACAUCGUGCUUGGGGUUAAAGAGAAAAAGCUGUCGAGUUGAAUAUUUUCCGAGGUAGAUGUAAUUAGAGGUUGAUAUGUGAAGCAUUUUGUGUUUAUGUUUGUGAUUAUGAUGUUUAUGGUGAAUAGCUACUGGCCUUAACAGAUGCUAAAACAUCAUGCUUGUCUUUUGUUUGUCAUAUAUUAGAUGUUUUUGACAGAAAACUUCCAAUUUCAAAAUCUAUUAUGUUUUCUGGGAAAAGGGUAUCAUUAAAAUCACCAUUUGCCUCCACAGUAUCAG